CAGGGAGCCGAGCAAACAGGCAUGAGCGUGUGGAGGUGCUGUGGAGGAAGGACACCCAAGAUCCUGAAGCGUGGAACCCUACAGAUUUGCUGAGCCUUGGAAUAUUCUGGAAAUAAUGCUGUGUUCUGUCUCACGCAUAGUCGCCCUUGCGCCCCACCCCCGACCCCUUGUCAAGGACCAGUAGGAUCUAAGGAAGGACAUGUUGACCCCUGGCUUCUUCCCUUCCUACAAACUGGCUUCUCUCCAAGGUGUGAGGGCAAAGGCAAUCUAUCCUGCAAGCUUGGAAAGAACGGGGAGGUCUCUCCUGUAGCUCACCGGCCCUUGGUUGCUGCCUGCAGAUGCUGCUCAUCUUUCUGCAGUAGGAUCUCCAUGGCCUGAACAUUUCCUGACAGUAAUUUUGAGCAAAAUAUCCGUUUAGUAAGAAGAUAACCACAUCAAGAUGGUUGGAAAGCUGAAGCAGAACUUGCUCUUGGCGUGCCUGGUGAUUAGUUCUGUGACCGUGUUUUACCUGGGCCAGCAUGCCAUGGAGUGCCAUCACCGAAUAGAGGAACGUAGCCAGCCAGCCAGACUGGAGAACCCCAAGGCGACUGUGCGAACUGGUCUGGACAUCAAAGCCAACAAAACGUUCACCUAUCACAAAAAUAUGCCUUUAAUAUUCAUCGGAGGUGUGCCUCGGAGCGGAACCACACUCAUGAGGGCUAUGCUGGAUGCACACCCUGACAUCCGCUGUGGAGAGGAAACCAGGGUCAUCCCUCGAAUCCUGGCCCUGAAGCAGAUGUGGUCUCGAUCCAGUAAAGAGAAGAUCCGCCUGGAUGAGGCUGGCGUCACAGAUGAAGUGCUGGAUUCUGCCAUGCAAGCCUUCCUUCUGGAGGUGAUCGUGAAACAUGGGGAGCCAGCACCUUAUUUAUGUAACAAAGAUCCCUUUGCCCUGAAAUCCUUGACUUACCUUGCUAGGUUAUUCCCCAAUGCCAAAUUUCUCCUGAUGGUCCGAGAUGGCCGGGCGUCAGUACACUCAAUGAUUUCUCGGAAAGUUACCAUAGCUGGGUUUGACCUGAACAGCUACCGGGACUGUCUGACCAAGUGGAACCGGGCCAUAGAGACCAUGUACAACCAGUGUAUGGAAGUUGGCUAUAAGAAAUGCAUGUUGGUCCACUAUGAACAGCUGGUCUUACACCCUGAACGGUGGAUGAGGACGCUCUUAAAGUUCCUCCAUAUUCCAUGGAACCAUUCAGUUUUACACCACGAAGAGAUGAUCGGGAAAGCUGGGGGCGUUUCUCUGUCAAAAGUGGAAAGAUCAACAGACCAAGUCAUCAAGCCCGUCAAUGUGGGGGCACUAUCGAAGUGGGUUGGGAAGAUACCCCCAGAUGUCUUACAAGACAUGGCAGUGAUCGCGCCCAUGCUUGCCAAACUGGGAUAUGAUCCAUACGCCAAUCCCCCUAACUACGGAAAACCUGACCCCAAGAUCCUUGAAAACACCAGGAGGGUCCAUAAAGGAGAGUUUCAGCUACCUGACUUUCUGAAAGAAAAACCCCAGACCGAGCAAGUGGAGUAGCUGAGCCCGUAACUUCCCACGAGUGAGGGACAACUGCUGCCUUGUCUACAGAAGGGAAAUCUCAGAACUGCUGUCUGCUGGGAGAAACGGCCCCAUAGAUCCUGCUCACCCACCAGCCUCCUGUCCCCGGGGAGGCGUCACACAUCCAGGCCUCCCCGAGUGAUGGCUCUUGAGCCCAGUAACAUGCAUGGCUGUCGAGAUGAGGAGCCCAGUGGGGACCCAGUUCUGUCACAGCUCCUCUUGUCCCGUCUUUCCUUCCCAGAUUCCAGUCUUUAAUUUCAAGGAAAGGAGAAUUUGAAGAUGGCGUUCUGUUUAAAAAAACAAAACAAAAAAAAAAAAAAAAAUCGGGCAGUCUCAUUCAGAAGAUAGGCUUUCUGUACACGUUCCGAUGUUUUGUAGAACACUCGUGCCUGUUUAAAUGUAUUGAUGUGGAUAAUAAAUACCUUAAUUAUUUAAAUAAUUCAUUGUAUUGUUUCAAAGACGUUUGGAAAUUACUGUAUACAUUUACAACCUAAUGACUUUUGUAUUUUAUUUUUCAAAAUAAAAGCUUAAAUGUGAAGCA